UAAUGAAAAGAGAGAAUGAUUCAGUUAUCUAACCAAUUUUGUCCACAAUUACAGAUCGAAGCACUCGACUUGGAUGGUUGCCCGAUCGCCGAUUUGGGUCUGGACUUCGUUCUGCCCGGCCACCCGAACAUUGAGCUACGUCGCGGUGGACGCGAUACGGCUGUUACCAUCCACAAUCUGCAUCAGUACAUUUCACUGGUGACCCACUGGUUCUUGGUCGAGGGCGUUUCGCGGCAGUUUGAAGCACUGCGAGAAGGAUUUGACUCGGUAUUCCCCGUCAACCGGUUACGCAUGUUCUACCCCGAGGAAUUGGAGAACGUGUUCUGCGGUUCUGGGCUGAACGCGGCCUCGCAUCAACGGUGGGACGUUCGAAUGUUAGCCGAAUGCUGCCGCACGGAUCACGGCUUCAGCCAAGACUCGCAGGCCAUUCAGUACUUCUACGAAAUCCUGAGCACCUACAACCGGGAAGAGCAGCGUCUGUUCCUGCAGUUUGUCACCGGAAGUCCUCGCUUGCCGACCGGUGGUUUCAAAGCGCUGACCCCGCCGUUGACGAUCGUGAGGAAGAAGAUGGACGGCAAUCAGAACCCGGACGAAUAUCUGCCAUCGGUGAUGACCUGUGUCAACUAUCUCAAGUUGCCGGACUACUCGAGCCGGGAAGUGAUGCGGCAGAAGCUGAAGCUGGCCGCCAGCGAGGGCAGCAUGAGCUUCCAUCUGUCCCUAAACGCGAACGAGGUGGAAAGAGUUCACUUUAAAUACUAGUCGUCGCCCGUUUUGUUUAUCUCAUCGUUGCGUUAUUUUCGGAAUCGGUUUUGUUUUCUUCCCGGGGAGAAAAAGGUAUACCUACAACAAAUUAUGUUUUUAUUAGUGAUGAUGUAAUAUUUUGGAAGCAGACGCUGUGUGUCGCUGCUGCGCGGAAAACUAACCGAUUAUCUCAACCAAAUAAAAGCUAGUGAAAUGAAAGUUCAUUUGAAAUGAAGGCAGAGGAACGUACAGGAGAGAACGUGCUUAACGUCGCGUCAUAUGUGUGUACAUAGUAGAGAAUACGGAAGAGAAGAAGCAAGUUUUUUUUGUAUUUGUUUUUCAUAAUUUUGGACAUAAAUUUGCCAACCUUGGUUAUCAUUGGAGAAAAAAAAUCGUUGAUUUGUUCUUAAUUUGCUGACUGUGAAAAGAAACGACACUUUUACGCUGGGGGGAGGGGUGCAUUUCCUAUUGAAUGGGGGUUUCAUCUUCACUAGGCGCUGUGAAUCGUACGCUAGUCUCCAAACAAGCCGUGUUGGGAAUUCAAUGAGAAAAAGAGAUUUUCGACCCAUUCAUUCGAUUUGGUAUUACAAUCCGAAAAUUGGCACAGAUUUCUUGAAGGUCGAAAAUUAGUGCUUUUCCCUCAUCGGGUUCGGGUUUCGGUUUUGGUACUACCUGCUUCAUUUCCCUUUUUUCCCUUCGACUUACAAGCAUGUAGACCUAAAAAUUUGGUUUUUGUCCUCGAUAUACCUAUCACCCCUUUUCUUGUUUACGUUCGAAUGCUUCUCCGAUCGAAAUCCGUUUUGCAUUCCCGUUUAAGCCAGCAAAAUCAAAUGGGCGAUGUAUUCGAUCCAGAUUUGGAUGUUGUAUGUCAGGGAUUCUUCCAAACAUACUCCUGCAAUAAUACUAUCGAAAGUUCCUCUUGGGUAUGCAUCUACGGUUCAUUCCAGGACUCCUUGAGUAAUACUUACAGAAAUGCUCACAAUGGUUUCACAGGGGUUCUGAGACAUCAUGAGGGAUUCCUCCAAGAAUUUGUACAUGGAGUUUCAAGGGGAUUCUCGAUAGCUCCCUGUUGGAACUUUUAUAGUUUCAUCAUGUAUUUCUUCAGGAGCUUCAUCGGAUACUCUCAAACAGAUUCUUCUAGGAGUGUUGCAAAAGUAUAUCUAAAGAUUCCUCCAAUUAUUCCUUGAAGAAUAUUACUAAUAAAUCCUCUCUAGAUUCUAAGACAGAUUCUUUGAAUAUCCUUACAAAAAUUUCUUCAAAUUCUCUCACGAACUUUUGAAGGAAUUUUCCAGAAAUUACCGAAAUAAUUUCUCAAUUUCAUUAAAAAGAAUCUUCUGAUAUUCCUGCAGCAAAUAUAUUCCGGAAUUCAAGAAGGAUUUUUUUGAUGUGCCCUCCACAGAUUUUUUUUUU